UUUUGGAACUUAAUAUAUAUUUUUGGAAUUUCUUAUACCCACACAUACACACAUUUUUUUCGAUAUUUUUUCGAGUGAAAGUGAAGCAGGGCAGGGCGAACGUGCCCCAUCAAUUUGUGCGAUAUUUUUUUUUUGUUGUUUUUUUUUUUUUUUCUUCUCAUUUAAAUCAUGCCGCUGCCACUGCCGCUGCCGUUGCUGCUGCUACUAGCGCUGGCAGCGAGCGUCGCGCUGGCGGCCAUUGACAGCAAGGACAACAAGUCCUCGCCCAUCAUCAGCCCCGACCAGCACAAUGUCAUCAACUUGAGCCUGCAAACGGAGACUAACAACAUCAACAGCAACAACCAGAGCAAUGGGAGCAGCAGCAGCGAAGCCAACGUCAGCUUUGAUCUGACGCGCAGUCAACGACUGCGUGAUGCGCUCAACGUCUUCGACCUAUCGCUGCUGGCGUCGCAGUGGCCGCGUCUUGAAGCCACACGCAUGCUGAGCACCAACUGCACAAAGGACAUGCGCAGCUACCUGCACGGCUUGACCGACGCCAAGAUGUGGGCUGUCAAAAUGGACGAUGCUUCCGGUCAUUACACUUCCGGUUUCUUCUAUGGCAACAACUAUUGGAUGGGUUCAUUGGCCCUUUGCGAAGCCAUUUACGACAGCGCCAGCUCCAGCUCCRGCGCCAGCUCCAACAACACCAAAGGCAGCAGCAGCAAGGACACCAACAACAACACAUCGAACGGGAAUCGCAACAAUGGACUGCCCUUCGCCGAGGCCUAUGCUGAGGCCUACAGCAGCGUCUACAACCCGCCGCCGCCCUUUCUGCCGGGCUUCUAUGUGCUCAAGCUGCAGCUGAACGAAACGAUGCCAACACAAAUGCUCUCUUUUUCUCUCCCUCGCUCUAGUGUGGUCUCUUGCAUUGUGCUUGGACUGAUCUGCUGCGGCACACUCUACGAGAUCUACCUGACCCGCCAGCUGAAGGAGGCGCUGCGCCUGCAGGACAAGGAGAUGAUGAACAACAGUGAGACGAGCUCGGGCAUUGGCUGCGCCUCCUCCGACUACAGCGACACAAUGACCGCCCACGAGGAGGCGCUGAAGCAAUCGAAUCAGUCCGAUUCGCUGAAGCAGCUCGAUCAGCUGGUGCUUCACUUGCCGCCCAGCGACAAUGACAGCGGCAAUGGCCAUCAUCACGAGCACGAGCACGACCACGAACACGAGCACGAUCACGAUCACGAACAUGAGCACGAACACGAACUGGAGCAUCACGAUCACGAGCGCAUCAAUGUGCAUCAUCAUCAMCAUCACAAUCAUCAUCAUCGCCAUCAUCAGGGCGUCAGCAUCGGCAGCGGCAGCAGAGGCAGCAGCGGCGGCGUCGUCUCAGGUUCGGCCAACAAGAACGGCAACAACAACAACAGCAACUCAGACGAGCACUUGGAGGGCCACCUGCACGAGCCCGAAAAGCUAAGCAUCUACUCGGAGCUGCUGCUCUCGUUCUCGGCAAUCACGAACUUCAAUGCCAUCUGCGACCGCAACGUGGGCGCCGACACAAUACCCUGCAUCCAUGGCCUGCGCGCCUUCAGCAUGGCCUGGGUGAUCCUCGGACACACGUGCAUUGUGGUGUUCAAGUACUCGGACAACAUGGAGAUGCGCAAGGAGGUCGAGCAGAACUUCUUCUUUCAAGCAAUCACCAACGGACCCUUCAGCGUCGACACCUUCUUCUUCAUCAGCGGCUUUCUGAUCUCCUAUCUGUACUUCCGCACGAACGCCAAGGGCAAGCUGAACAAGCUGAGCAAGGGCGCCAACGAAUUCACAGCGGGCACCGCUCACUUUUUUGGCUUGGUUGCUUAUCGGUUCAUGAGACUCACGGCUCCCUACCUGUUCGUGCUGGGCGUGGUCCAAGUGACUAUGAGAUACUUGGCUGCCUACUCCAUAUUCGAUCCGCCCACAAUGGACCAUGUGACCUGUCCGGACUACUGGUGGCGCAACAUACUCUACAUCAAUACGCUGUUUCCCGUCGAUGAGAUGUGCAUGUUGUGGAGCUGGUACCUGGCGAAUGACACCCAGUUCUAUAUGAUCGGUGCUAUCAUCCUGAUAGUGGGCGUGCGUCACUUUAAGCUAUCGGCUAUAACGACAUUGGUGUUUCUGGUGCUGUCCUGGAUAACCACAGCGGUGAUUGCCUUCACGAACAACCACAGACCCAACACCGACGAUCCACUGGCUCUCUUCGACAAGAUCUACGACAAACCCUGGACGAGACUGGGCCCGUACCUGAUUGGCAUGGCUGUCGGCUGGAUACUGUUCCGCACCAAUUGCAAGAUUCGCCUGCCGAGACUGACAGUUGCCACAGCCUGGACGCUGGCGAUGCUCAAUCUGUUCGUUCUGGUCUUCGGCCUGUACCGGGCCGAUCUGUCGCAGUUCACAGCGGCCGCAUAUAGCUCGCUGAGUCAUUCGGCCUGGGCGCUAUCCCUGGCCUGGAUCACGAUCGCCUGCUCGACGGGCUAUGGUGGCUAUAUCAACUCGCUGCUGUCGGCGCCCUGCUUCUAUCCCUUCUCCCGUGUCACCUACUGCGCCUACCUGGUGCACCCCAUAGUCAUACGCUCCAUGGCGCUCAAUUCCGAUGCGCCGCUCCACCUGGGCGGAGAUCUAAUGGUCGUCAUGUUCUUUGGUCUGACGGUCGCCUCAUAUUUCCUAUCCUUUGUCGUCUCGAUGUCGUUCGAGGCGCCCGUUGUCACAAUGCUCAAAAUCUUGUCACCUAGUCGAAAAAAACGUCUCGCCUAAGUCCGGGUCCUCCCUGCUCUAUUUAUGCGAAUAUCUACUAUAUAUAUACCUACCAUAUACAUAAAUAUAUACCAUAUAGCGAGAAUUUCCAUCAUCCCUCACUCUCUCUCUCUCUCCCUCUCUCUCUUUCAAUCUCAUUUGCUAUUCUAAAUCGAUUCGCUCUUCUCGCACAUUCUCAAACAAAACUCUCUACAUAUUUAUAGCAUCGACCGUUCAUACAUAACUUCACAUUCCUUGCACGAUUCCUUCUGCUUUUCAACUUCCCCUAUUUGCUAAUCCACUUUUAAUCACAGAUUUUUAACUAAUAUAUACAUAUAUAUGUAUACUAUACUUUUUUUUUUGUUUCGUAAUGUGUACAUUUUAGUCGUUUAAUUUAUUCCAAAGGUUUGGAAAUUUUUGUGCGUGACAAAAACAUAAAUAGUACUUAGUAGCUAUAAUUAU